AUGGAACAAGAAGAAUACACGAAGGAGCAGAUAAAUUGGAGCUACAUUGAAUUUGUUGACAACCAAGAUGUUUUGGACCUUAUUGAAAAGAAACCUGGAGGAAUAAUUGCACUCCUUGAUGAAGCUUGUAUGUUUCCAAAGUCCACACAUGAAACAUUUUCAAACAAACUUUAUCAAACAUUUAAGAAUAACAAGCGCUUUAUUAAGCCAAAAUUGUCUCGAACAGAUUUCACUAUUUCUCAUUAUGCUGGCGAGGUGACCUACCAAUCUGACCAAUUUUUAGACAAAAACAAAGAUUAUGUGGUUGCUGAACAUCAAGAUUUAUUGAGUGUUUCCAAAUGUCCAUUUGUAGCUGGCCUUUUCCCUCCACUUCCAGAAGAGACAUCCAAAUCUUCUAAAUUUUCUUCAAUUGGUGCUCGAUUUAAGCUGCAACUACAGCAAUUAAUGGAAACACUAAGUUCUACAGAGCCUCAUUACGUUAGAUGUGUGAAACCAAACAAUCUCCUCAAGCCUUCAAUUUUUGAGAAUUCAAAUAUUAUGCAGCAACUUCGCUGUGGUGGUGUUUUAGAGGCAAUCAGAAUCAGUUGUGCUGGCUACCCUACUCGCCGUGCUUUCUUUGAAUUUAUAAACCGAUUUUCCCUUCUUGCUCCAGAGGUCACAGAAGCACAUCAUGAUGAGAAGACUGUUUGCCAAGAUAUUCUGGAAAAAGUGGGGCUUAAAGGAUAUCAGAUUGGAAAAACAAAGGUAUUCCUAAGAGCAGGUCAGAUGGCUGAACUAGAUGCACGGAGAGCUCAAAUGCUCAGUAAUGCCGCAAAAACUAUCCAACGGCGUAUCCGAACUCAUCAAGCUCGUAAACAUUAUGUUGCACUACGGAAGACGACUACAGUGGUUCAGUCUAUUUGGAGAGCAAGACUUGCAUUCAAAUUUUAUCAGAACUUGAGAAAGGAUGCAGCUGCCGUGAAAAUUCAGAAGAAUAUACGCAGAUAUGCAUCUAGGAAAGCCUAUACUAAACUCAAAGCAUCAGUACUUGCUUUGCAAACAGCUUUAAGGGGAAUUGCUUCCCUCAAGGAGUUCAGAUUUAGGAAACAGACUAAAGCUUCCAUCAUUAUUCAGGCUGCAAGAGAAACUGGUGCACUUAAGGAGGCAAAGGACAAGCUUGAAAAAAGAGUGGAGGAACUCACUUGGCGUCUUCAACUAGAGAAAAGUUUAAGGAACAACCUAGAAGAGUCCAAAGCACAAGAGAUAGCAAAACUGCAGAAUUCACUGCAGGAGAUGCAGAACAAAGUUGAUGAAACCAAUGCAUUACUUAUAAAGGAGCGAGAGGCUGCAAAGAAAGCUACUGAGGAAGCACCUCCUAUUGUUAAAGAAACUCAGGUUAUUGUUGAAGACACUGAGAAGAUCGAAUCACUAACAGUGGAAAUUGAGACUCUAAAGACCUCCCUUGAGUCCGAGAAACAGAAAGCUGACGACUAUGAAAGGAAAUAUAAUGAGUCCCAAGCUUCUUGUGAGGAAACGAGUAAAAAAUUAGAAGACGCAGAAAAGAAGGUUCGUCAGCUCCAAGAAUCUUUGACCAGGCUAGAAGAGAAGAUUACUAAUUCAGAAUCAGAGAAUCAAGUUCUACGUCAACAAGCUGUGUCGAUGGCACCAAAUAAGUUCCUCUCAGGACGCACUAGAUCAGUUAUUCAGAAACUGGAUGGUGGACAUAUUGGAAUGGAAGCAAAGACAACUUUGGAUAUGCAUAGCUCAUCAAUUAACCACAGGGAAUCCCCUGAAGUGGAGGAUAAACCACAGAAGUCACUCAAUGAGAAACAACAGGAGAACCAAGAAUUACUUAUUAGAUGCAUUGCACAAAACCUAGGCUUUGCUGGAAAUAGACCAAUUGCGGCUUGUAUCAUAUACAAAUGCCUCUUGCAUUGGAGAUCGUUUGAAGUUGACCGUACUAGCGUUUUUGAUCGUCUAAUCCAAACUAUUGGGCACGCAAUUGAGCGCACACUAAAAGCAAGUGGUGCGGCUGGAAUGGCUCCUCAACGUCGUCGAUCUUCAUCAGGGAGCCUGUUUGGGAGGGUGACACAUAGCUUCCGUGGAACUCCAGCUGGAGUCACCCUUCCCCUAAUCAAUGGUAGCAUGAGCGGUGUAGAUACAUUAAAAGUUGAAGCCAAGUACCCUGCCCUCCUUUUCAAACAGCAGCUUACAGCUUAUGUGGAAAAGAUAUAUGGAAUGAUUCGAGAUAACUUGAAGAAAGAAAUUUCUCCCUUGCUUGGAUUAUGCAUCCAGGCACCCAGAACAUCCAGAGCGAGCUUGGUUAAGGGAUCAUCACGUUCAGUUGCAAACACUGAAGCCCAGAAAGCUUUGAUUGCUCACUGGCAGGGGAUAGUUAAGAGCCUUGGGAACUUCUUAAAUACUUUGAAAGCAAAUCAUGUUCCUCCAUAUUUGGUUCGUAAGGUUCUUCUUCUAAGACGGGAGUGCUGCUCAUUUAGUAAUGGAGAAUAUGUGAAAUCUGGUUUGGGUGAAUUGGAGGAUUGGUGCAAUGGUGCCACAGAAGAGUACUCUGGUUCGGCUUGGGAUGAGCUCAAACAUAUAAGACAGGCUAUUGGAUUUUUGGUAUCUAUCUUGCCUGUAUCCAUCUGCAUGGUAAUACAUCAGAAACCAAGGAAAGCGCUGCAUGAAAUAAGUCACGACCUGUGCCCAGUCCUCAGCAUACAGCAGCUAUAUCGGAUUAGCACCAUGUAUUGGGAUGACAAGUAUGGCACACAUAGCGUAUCCCCUGAUGUUAUAUCCAAUAUGAGAGUGUUGAUGACUGAAGAUUCAAAUAAUGCAGUUAGUAAUUCUUUCCUGUUGGAUGAUGAUUCAAGCAUUCCGUUUUCUGUCGAUGACUUAGCGAAGUCGAAGGAACUGAUCGAUGUCUCUGAUUUAGAGGCCCCACCACUAUUACGUGAAAACACUGGCUUUAGUUUUCUGUUGCCACGCCCAGACGCACAGAUAUCAUGA